AGAUUAUUGAGCUCGCAUCACUCCAGCGUUUUACACAAUUAAAUCCGGUUUGAAAGCGUUUAGAAGCAGAGAUCAAGUGGAAGAUGAACGCUCUGUGUUUCUUCGUGGCUCUUGCAGGUGUCAUCCAGACAAUCAGAGGUGAGACAUGUACUGUAUGUGAAACUAACUACGAGACUGCUAAAUCUGCAGCAGCGGAUGCGGCUGCUAAGUGCGCGGCGUUCAGGGCGUUUGUCACGUGUUUCGCGUCUUCCAGUGGAGAUGGGUGUGAUCCUCCAUUUGACAUUUUCAACAAAGUGUUCAAUGCAAAGGUUGCUCUAUCUUCUGCAUCGACAUGUUUACUUGAUUAUAUGUGUGAAAAGUGCCAGUUUUACUUUCGAAAUUCUGCUCUCUCCUGGACCUCGUCGACGAAAUAUACAGAAAAAUGCGCGGCCGUAUUUAGAUACGCCAGCUGCGUAGAAAUGAGACCCACUACAGAGAAGGCGUGUGAUGGAACCACUGAUCAGGCCGCUAUGAAAUCCAGAUCGUUGGCGAAAGUAAAGGCCGAAUGUCCGUGGGCUGGAGCCACCGCAGUGAAGUCAUCUGUCGUCAUAAUGGUGUCGGCUCUGUUUUGUUCAAGUUUUGACUCACACCUGCUUGUGACAGUUAGCCAAGUGCUACACUAACAGUUGUUAGCUUAUAGACCCGUACUUUGGCGAUUAGUCUACUCAUUCCUGAAGCGUUAUUGUAGACUCUCUACAGUGAAUAUAUGACGUGAAUGGCAUUCACGGAAUCAUAUCAACCAUGUCUCUUACUCUGUUUAAAACACUUCUGUCCUUCUCAUAAUAAAGCAAUACAUAUAAUAAAGCAUAUGUGUUAGAAAGUU